CGCGUUUCAUCAUCGGCGACGGCGGCGGCCACUUAUAAAACUUCUGGGCGCACACUCGCUCGCGCAGUCUCCGCGCUGCGAACCUCCUCCGGCGGCCGCGGCCGCUCUCACCAGCCACCGGCGCGGCCGCUCCAGCCCGAGGCGCCCGGCCCCUGCUCGCCCCGCCGCCCGCCCGGGCCCUGCCGCCGUCCCGCCGCUGCUGCCGUCCCGCCACCAUGGGGCUCUGGCCCGAGCCCGGCGCGCGCCGGGGCAGCGACGCCUCUUCUGGCCGAGCCGGCCGCUGUCCCCGCUCUGUCUUCAGCAACAUUAAGGUGUUCGUGCUCUGCCACGGCCUCCUGCAGCUCUGUCAGCUCCUGUACAGCGCCUACUUCAAGAGCAGCCUCACCACCAUCGAGAAGCGCUUUGGCCUCUCCAGUUCCUCCUCGGGUCUCAUUUCCAGCUUGAACGAGAUCAGCAACGCCAUCCUCAUCAUCUUUGUCAGCUACUUUGGGAGCCGGGUGCACCGUCCACGGCUGAUUGGCAUUGGGGGUCUCCUCCUAGCUUUGGGUGCCUUCGUCCUCACCCUCCCACACUUCCUCUCAGAGCCCUACCAGUACUCCGUGGCCAGCAUUGGGAACAACAGCUUCUUCCAAGCCGAGCUCUGUCAGAAGCACUGGCAGGACCUGCCCCCCAGCAAGUGCCACAGCACCACCCAGGACUCCCGGAAGGAGACCAGCAGCAUGUGGGCUCUCAUGGUGGUUGCCCAGCUGCUGGCAGGCGUCGGGACGGUGCCCAUUCAGCCGUUUGGAAUCUCCUAUGUGGACGACUUCUCUGAGCCCAACAACUCACCCCUGUACAUCUCCAUCUUAUUUGCCAUCUCUGUAUUCGGACCGGCCUUCGGGUACCUGCUGGGCUCUGUCAUGCUGCAGAUCUUCGUGGACUAUGGCAGAGUGGACACAGCUGCCGUUAACCUGAGCCCUGGAGACCCCCGGUGGAUUGGAGCCUGGUGGCUGGGCCUGCUCAUCUCCUCAGCGUCCUUGGUUCUCACUUCUUUCCCCUUUUUUUUCUUUCCUCGAACAAUGCUCAGGGAAGCGGAGAGGUCUCCAGCCAUAGUGGAUGAGGCAAGGAAGAUGGAUGAGGUCAAGCCAAGAAGCUCCCUGCUGGAUUUCAUUAAAUGCUUUCCCCACAUCUUCCUGAGGCUGCUGAUGAACCCACUCUUCAUGCUGGUGGUCCUGGCCCAGUGCACCUUCUCCUCUGUCAUUGCUGGCCUCUCCACAUUCCUCAACAAGUUCCUGGAGAAGCAGUAUGGUGCCUCUGCAGCCUAUGCCAACUUCCUCAUCGGUGCUGUGAACCUUCCUGCCGCAGCACUGGGGAUGCUGUUUGGAGGAAUCCUCAUGAAGCGUUUUGUUUUCUCUCUGCAAACCAUUCCCCGCGUGGCUGCCACCAUCAUCACCAUCUCCAUGGUCCUCUGCGCCCCUCUCUUCUUCAUGGGAUGUUCCACCCCCACUGUAGCGGAGGUCUAUCCCCCCAGGACAUCAAGUUCUAUACAUCCGCAGCUUCCUGCCUGCCGCAGGCACUGCCUGUGCCCAGACUCCAUCUUCCACCCAGUGUGCGGAGACAAUGGAGUAGAGUACCUCUCACCCUGCCAUGCCGGCUGCAGCGACGUCAACAUCAGCUCUGUGGCCUCCAAGCAGCUGAUGUAUCUGAACUGCAGCUGUGUGACCGGGGCGUCCGCUUCAGCCAAGUCGGGCUCGUGCCCCAUCCCCUGUGCCCACUUCCUGCUGCCGGCCAUCUUCCUCAUCUCCUUCGUGGCCCUCAUUGCCUGCAUCUCUCACAACCCGCUCUACAUGAUGGUUCUGCGUGUGGUGAACCAGGAAGAAAAGUCAUUUGCCAUCGGGGUGCAGUUCUUGCUGAUGCGCCUGCUGGCCUGGCUGCCAUCUCCAGCCCUCUACGGCCUCACCAUCGAUUACUCCUGCAUCAGGUGGAGCUUGCAGUGCUCGGGGAGGCGUGGGGCCUGUGCCUACUAUGACAAUGACGCUCUUCGAGACAGGUACCUGGGCCUGCAGGUGGGCUACAAGGCGCUGGGUGCACUGCUGCUCUUGUUCACCAGCUGGCGGGUGAAGAAGAACAAGGAGUACAACGUGCAGGAGAAGGCUGCGGGCCUCAUCUGACCCCUGACCCUCGGCCCAAACACUGACUGCCCUGUUCCAGAAAGUGGACCCUGCCCCUCCACACCUGCCUGUAUUUACUAAUGUUAACACAUCAUUUCCAUUUUGUUUUCUAAAUAAGAGAAAACCCCAGUCACCAUUUGCCCUCCCUGCCUCCGCCCCCAUCCCAGGAUUCCUUAGGUCCACUGUGUACCUGGGCUGGAUGGGUACUGA